GUGAGCCGGAGGAGUCAGUCAGAGGGGCGAGCAGGAGCGAUUCCGUCGGCAAACAGGUUAUGUGUGCCCAGUGAGCCACCCCUGACACAAGAAGCAUCAUCAGCACUUUAUUAGUGAUGGAUACUGAGAAGAAACCAGAGAAUGAUGAGGAUGACGGUGUAAACGAAGAAGCAAAAGACUUGAGAAAUAGUUCACCCCAUGAUGUAGAUUGUGGGCCUGUAUCUGAGGUGAUAGCAGAUUCCUCUGAGAAUUCCACAAGCAAAAGAGGUUUUUUAGAGUCAUCAGACUUUGACAGUGCUGUCGUGGAGAACGAUGGAAAUGAACAUGCUUCCAAGAGAAUGAAAUUAGCUGAGGCAGAGCCCCUCCAGUCGGGAGAGCUGGGCAUCCAUGGGUCAGAGAGGCCUGAGGGCGCAGGCCCGGAAGUGGGUGUUCCAUUGGCGGGGACAGGGGCGGGUGCCCUCCUGAGUGACCCUGAUGGAGGCGUGUGUCUUCCUGGUGCCUUCACCGACCCCUGCAAUGUUAGCCCCACGGACGCUGCUUCUCUGGAAACAGACGCUGAGAAGAAGCCAGCUCAGGAAAUGGUUUUCCUUGAUCCAGGAAGAGAGCUUCCCUUCCCCCAGAAUGAGAUGCAUGCGAGCGGUACCCUCGGAAUUGUGGAUGGAGUUCUGCAGUGCAGCGUGUGUGGUCACUCGUUUGCUUCCUGCUCCGAUUUGGAGAAGCACGCUGAGUGUCACACGCAGCAGCCUGAGGACCGUGCCUGCGGCCCCUGUGGCCACAAAGCGGAGAGCAGCGCGGCCUUACAUGUGGAUGUCAGGCAGGUGCACGGGCCACAGAGGGUCUUUUCUUGUGACCUCUGUGGCUUUCAGUGUGUGGAGGAGAACCUGUUGAAUGCACACUAUCUCGGCAAAACACAUCUCCGGCGUCAGAACCUUGCUGCUCGUGGAGGGUUUGUACAGAUCUUAACCAAACAGCCUUUUCCUAAGAGGCCAUGUCCCAUGGGAACAAAAAGUGUUCACACAAAGCCAAGAGCGUCUAAGCCAAUAGCAAAGAAUGUCGGUUCAAAAGGAUUACGAAACGUUGGAAGCAAAUUUAAAGAUUUCAGAGGAAGCAUUUCUAAACAAAGUGGAAGUGGCAGUGAGUUGCUGGUUGAAAUGAUGCCAUCCAGGAAUACUUCACCAGAAAAAGUAGAGAUUGUUGAAGAAAAUGUAACCUCCCUCGAUAUACCUCAGAAUCCCGAAAACCAGAGUAAAAAGUUAGGAGACUUAGUCACCUCAGAGGGUCUCCUAGAGAAAUUGGAGUCUACCAGAAACACCCUCCAGGCAGCCCACGGUGUCAGUACAGCCUCAAGACUCAGAACUGAGCGGAACAUCCUCAUGCUGGGCAACAGCUUCCGACGACGCAGUGGCACUUUCGCCUUAAGGGGCCAGGCAAAGAAAAGGUUCACUCUUUUAGGAAUUAAUAAAAGAGGCACUACUGAAACUCAGAGACUGUGUUUGAAACACUUUAGAACACAGAUGAAAACAAGUGAUGCUGAGUCAACACCUCAGCAUGCAGAAACCGGUGGCAGCGUCCAGGGUCUGUGCGUCACAUCUGCAGAGACCCAGGACCUGAAGCAAGACAGGAGAAGCUCCCAUCUCCCGUGCUCCCUCGACUCACUAACGGUGAGGCCGCCUUCUGAUGACCAGGUGUUGUGUAUGUGUACAGACUGUGGACACACAGCCACAAACAGGACAGAGUUGGAAGUCCAUGUGAAGAGGUGCCACGCAGGAGAGAUGCAGUCUAACUGCCAGACGUGUGGCUUUUCCAGUGCGUCCAGGAGGGACUUGGAUUCACACUCGCACAAUAACCAGCAUCAGCAGACCGCCCCUGGCCUCAGUUGUCAGUGUUGUUCCUUUACUUCCUUGAAUGAAAUGUACCUGAGAGACCACAUGACGGAAAAGCACAGUAGGGGUUUCCUUUGCACGCCUUGUAAUCUGUUCUUCUCGUCUGAGAAAGACAUGGAGGAACACAAAACAACUGAGAAGCACAUUCACUUGUUGGGUCAGCCAAAGACUUCUCAAUCAUUUAACAAUGAUUUGGUUUUACAGACUUUACCUUUCAGUACUUUAGAAUCAGAAAAUACAAAAGAUUCUGUGAGUGAGUCAGGAAAAGCAGCUCAGGAAGAACCAGUUCAGUCCAGGGUAAGCCAUGGAAAUGAAGUAAGACAUGCGAAUAAGCCUCAGUUUCAGUGUAAGAAGUGUUUUUAUAAAACAAGAUCUUCCACUGUUCUCACAAGACACAUAAAACUCCGCCAUGGUCAAGACUAUCACUUUCUUUGUAAGGCAUGUAAUCUUUACUCAUUGAGCAAAGAAGGAAUGGAGAAACACAUUAAGAGAAGCAAACAUCUUGAAAAUGCUAAGAAAAAUAAUAUUGGCUUAAGCUUUGAAGAAUGUAUUGAAAGGGUCUGCAUAGGUGCAAAUGACAAAAAAGAAGAGUUUACCAUUUCUGGGAAUGGAAGGAUAGAAGGCCAUGUGGAAGGUGUGCAAUUCCAGGAGCACGCCUGUCUCGACAAGAGCAUCCUCCUUCCCCAGGAACUGUCACAAUCUGGUGUAAUCACCAAAGAGGCUGAAUUAGCUUUGACCACUGCCCCAAAGAGAGGGAGACCUAAAGGUAACAUCUCACGGACAUGUUCACAUUGUGGUCUUUUGGCCUCGAGUAUUACAAACUUGACCGUGCACAUUAGACGAAAACACAGUCACCAGUACAGUUAUUUAUGCAAAGUGUGUAAGUAUUAUACUGUAACUAAGGGAGACAUGGAACGUCAUUGUGCCACCAAGAAACAUAAAGGACGUGUAGAAAUAGAAGCGAGUGGAAAACCAAGUUCAGAUAUCAUUGUUGGCCCGGAAGGGGGUAACCUUGAAUCCUGUAGGAAGAACACCACUUCAGCAGUUUCGGAAGUACCUGCCAACGAGUCAGCUGAAGCAGACACCUCCGUUUCAGAAAAGCCAGUACUAGAGCAAGGGAAUCCAGUUGAAGUUGGCGUUGAGAACGUAUUCCAGUCUACAGAUGGGGAAACUAACGGUCACAUUCUUGAGAAAAAGGAACAAAAGUCUCUAGAACCAGAGGACCGUAUCCAUCAGGGCAAUGCCUGCUCCCAGGGAGAUGAUGCAGGUACAGGAGAUAACAAAUGUGCGCGCUGUGAGUUUAACGCUUACUCUUCUGCUUCUCUAGAGCUGCACGUAAAACGGAGACAUACAAGAGAGUUUGCGUUUUACUGCAUGGCGUGUGAUUACUAUGCUGUGACUCGGCGGGAGAUGACCAGGCACGCAGCAACAGAAAAACAUAAGAUGAAAAGGCAGUCUUACCUGAACUCUUCUAACGUAGAAGCCAGUUCUGCAGAAAUGUCCAAAACCAUAAUUAUUCCUGAAGGGCAGCAUCAGCAAAGUUCUGAAGAAUUUCAGAUAAUUUCAGACCAACCCUCUGAAACUCUCAAAACUAGAAAUGCUGCUGCGUGUUCUAUUUUGGAUGAGAAUACAAAUUUAGAUAUGUCCAAAGUACUCUGCGCUCCUGGCUCUGUAGAAAUUGAGACUGAGGAAGAAUCUAAUCUCAGCGAAGAUCAUUCCUUUUGUGAAGCUUUCCAGCAGCCCCUUGCCAAGGAUAAAGUAACAAAACCGGAGGAGAUGGUGUCCCUUAAUAUUUCCUCUAAUUAUGGCUCCCCAGGCAACUUUCAGAAUGGAAAUUCAGGAAGCUCAGCUUUGAAUUAUGAGACAGCAAAGAAAAACCACAGUGUGUUGAAUGACGUCAGUGAUCCAAACACACAUUGCAAGAGUGAUGGCGGAAACAUAGGGGGCAAGGCAGAUAAAGUCCUUGGCAAACGUGUGCUCCCCAGAGCUCUAGAAGGAGAGCAUUCGGCUGAGAGCACCAUGCUGAGAGCAGCUGGAGAAGAGCUCAACCUGGGUAGCAGUGGUCAGAACAAAGUUGGAAGUGUGCAGAGUUCAGGGGAUUUGAAAGAUGUGCCAGAAGAUCCCAUUCUAGAGGAUAAGGAGAUUCUGAUGAAUUCCCAACAUGAAAGUAAAAUAAUUUUGGAAGAGGAUGGUCCAGCUUCUGAUAGCACCGUUGAAAAUACUGAUGCUUAUGAAACUAUAAUCAGUAUUGAUGAUAAAGGACAAGCUGUGUACAGUUUUGGCCGGUUUGAUUCUUCCAUCAUAAGGAUAAAGAACCCCGAAGAUGGGGACCUGUUAGACCAGUCUGAAGAGGGGCUCAUAGCAGCAGGAGUGAGAAUGAGUGAGUUGCCCUUAAAGGACUGUGCUCAAGGUGCGAAAAAGAAGAAAUCCGACGGCGGUUCCUUUGCCGAAUCCACACGAAUUCGUUGUGAUGACUGUGGCUUCUUAGCAGAUGGUUUGAGUGGACUGAAUGUUCACAUAGCCAUGAAGCAUCCUACAAAAGAGAAACACUUCCACUGUCUGCUGUGUGGAAAGUCGUUCUACACGGAGAGCAACCUCCAUCAGCAUUUGGCCAGUGCUGGUCACAUGAGAAAUGAACAGGCCAGCGUCGAGGAGCUUCCCGAGGGAGGGGCCACCUUUAAAUGUGUCAAGUGUACAGAGCCCUUUGAUUCUGAACAGAAUUUAUUUCUGCAUAUUAAAGGGCAGCAUGAGGAACUGCUCCGAGAGGUGAAUAAGUACAUAGUGGAAGACACUGAGCAAAUCAACCGCGAGAGAGAGGAAAAUCAGGGGAACGUUUGCAAGUAUUGUGGGAAGAUGUGUCGCAGUAGCAAUUCGAUGGCAUUCCUAGCGCACAUUCGCACUCACACAGGAUCAAAACCAUUCAAGUGCAAGAUAUGCCAUUUUGCAACAGCUCAGCUUGGCGAUGCCAGAAACCAUGUCAAAAGGCACCUUGGGAUGAGGGAAUACAAGUGUCAUGUCUGUGGGGUUGCUUUUGUAAUGAAGAAACACCUAAAUACUCAUCUACUGGGAAAACAUGGAGUUGGCACACCAAAAGAAAGGAAAUUUACAUGCCGCCUGUGCGAUAGGAGUUUCACCGAGAAGUGGGCCCUGAACAACCACAUGAAACUCCACACGGGGGAGAAGCCAUUCAAGUGUACCUGGCCUACCUGCCAUUACUCCUUCCUCACGGCCUCCGCCAUGAAGGACCACUACAGGACGCACACAGGCGAGAAGUCGUUCCUGUGUGACCUGUGUGGCUUUGCUGGCGGGACCCGGCAUGCCCUCACCAAGCACCGCAGGCAGCAUACAGGAGAAAAACCUUUUAAAUGUGAUGAGUGUAACUUUGCCUCCACGACCCAAUCUCAUCUGACGCGGCAUAAGCGGGUACACACAGGAGAGAAGCCCUACAGGUGCCCCUGGUGUGACUACAGGUCAAACUGUGCUGAAAAUAUCCGCAAACACAUUCUACAUACGGGCAAACAUGAAGGGGUCAAGAUGUACAACUGCCCCAAGUGUGACUAUGGAACCAACGUCCCUGUGGAAUUUCGGAACCACUUGAAAGAACAGCAUCCUGACAUCGAAAACCCUGACCUGGCCUACUUGCACGCUGGGAUAAAUUUAUCAAUGCACGACCUGGACACUGAGAGCCACAAAAGAUUGCUGAGAAGGAGUAAAGAAGACCCAAGUAAGUGGAGAGACGACAUGACAUGUUUUCAUGGAUAGGAAGGCUCAGUGUCGUUACGGUGUCACUUCUCCCCACGUUGAUCUGUAGGUCCAGCAUAAUCCCAGUCAAAAUGCUGCAGGCUUUUUUUGGGUAGUAAUUUCCAGGCUGUUUCUAAAACUGAUGUGCCGCUGCAAAAGGUCUAGAACAGUCGAAACAAUUUUGAAAAAGAACAAAAUAUUGAACGCUUGCACACUGAUUUCUAGACUUAAUUUGAAGCUACAGUCAUCCAGUAGGAUGGUUUGGGGAUAAGGGCAGAAAUAAAGCCACACAGCCACGGCUGAUUUUCUACAAAAAUACAAAGCAGAAAAGGAUAGUCUUUUCAAAAAAUCAUGGGACUAUUUGGAUAUCCGUACGGUCAAAUCAAAAGAUGAACCAUGACCCUUACCUCACACUCUUCACAAAACUUAACUUGAAGUGGAUUAUAGACCCAAUGUAAAAGCUAAGACUGUAAAACUUCUAAGAGAAAACAUUGGAGAAGAUCUUUUUGACCUUCAUGUAAGCAAAGUUUCCUUGCUAUGACACAGAUAGUCCAGCUCAUAAAAGGAAAUAUUGAUCAAUGUGACUUCAUCAAAUUUGAUAACUUCCACUCUUCAAAAGGCACCAUGAAAAAAAUAAAAAGUUAAGCCACAGACUAGGAGAAAGUGUUUGCUAUACAGAGGACUUGGAUCCAGAAUACACAAAGUGUAACCUAAACUCAGUUUUAAGAAGACGAAGAACAGAAUAAAAAAUUUGUACGAGGGCUUCCCUGGUGGCGCAGCGGUUGAGAGUCCGCCUGCCGAUGCGGGGGACACGGGUUCGUGCCCCGGUCCGGGAGGACCCCACACGCCGCGGAGCGGCGGGGCCCGUGAGCCGUGGCCGCUGCGCCUGCGCGUCCGGAGCCUGUGCUCCGCAACGGGAGAGGCCGCGACAGGGAGAGGCUCGCGUACCGAAAAAAUAAAAAAUAAAAAAUAAAAAAUUUGUAAGAGAAGAUACUCAAAUGGCCAGAAAGCCCAUGAAAUGAUGCUAAACGUCACCAGUCAUCAGGAAAUGCAAAUUAAAGCCAUAAUGACAUGCCACUGUACGGCCACUAGGAUGGCUAAAAUUAAAAAGACUGAGAAUGCCAAAUGUUAGUGAAGAUGUGGAGCAUCUGGAAUUGUCAUGCAUUGCCGGUGGGAGUGUAAAAUGGCACAGCCAGUUUGGAAAAGAGUUUAACGGUUUCUUAUAAAAUUAAACAUAUACUUGCUAACCAUAUGACCCGGCAAUUCCACUCCUAGGAAUUUACCCGAGAGGAAUAAAAGCAUAUGUCCAUGCAAAGAUUUAUAUGUGAAUGUUUAUAGCAGCUCUGUUCAUGAUAGCCAGAAGCUAUAAAUAACCCCUCUGAUGGCCAUCAACAGAUGAAUGGAAAGGCAAAAGGACACCAGACCCCCCAAAAUAAAAAAAUUUUUAAAAAAGUAGGUACUGUAUGAUUCCAUUUAAAGUCCUUUAUAGGCGAUGCUAAUGGAUAGUGAUGUACACCAGAUCUGGGGUUUCCUGGGGCUGGGAUGGAGGCAUGAGGAAACCUUUUUGCAUAAUGGAAAUAUUCUAUCUAUAUCUCAUUUUUGGUGGUGGCUACAGGGCUGUGUAAAUUUGUCACACUCAUUGAACUGCACACUUAAAAUGUGUCUAAUUUAUUGACUAUAAGUUAUUCCUCAAUAAAGUUGGUUUUAAGAGAUGAGAUGGAAUCUGGAAUAUUAAACAGUGAAACACAAAAUACUCAGCAAGUUAGUAGCAGUGAACAGGUAUUCCCUAAUCAAGAAAGCUCUCUGGAAAAAUAUAAUUUGAGCUGGGUUUUAAAAGCUUGAAAUGAGUGGAAAAUGCUUCAUAGUUAUAGGAUGUAAAAACGGUUUGAAUCAGGUAAAACUCACAUACAGGAACAUUCUACUCAAUGACUGGUCAGGACUUUUAAUGAAUGACAAGAGCAUAGUGUGAUCAGGAGAUUUGGGGACCAUGCCAGCAGAACGGGGGCGAUCAGGCCUGACAUUUAGUGCAGCGCACGAGCUGGGUGGACCCUCGACCAGAAUUUUUGUCUUUUCUUUUCUUCCCUUCCCUUUUCUUCUCUUUUCUUUUCUUUGUUCAUUUUGAGUUUUGGCUCAAAUUACUGGAACGUUUGAUGGAAUUUGAAGAGGACGUCCCUGUCCUUAGGAAGUUCACAGUGAAAUAUUUAGAAGUAAAAGGGUAUCAGUUCUACCGCUUAGUCUCAAAUGGUUCAUAAAAGAAAAAAUAAUGUGUGUAAAUACAGAGAGAGUAGAUAAAGCAAAUGUUGCAAAACUUUUACAGCCAGGAGCCAGACAAAAGUGUAGGGGAGUUCUUUGUACCAUCCUUGUAAACUGUACGUUUGAAAUUAUUUCUGAUUAAAAAGUUACAAAAAGUAAACAAAAUACCAAGUUGGGUCAAGGUACUGUUUGCUGAAAAUCCUGCAAAUUUCCUAUGAAGGAAUAACUGAGAAGAACCACAAAAGUUUUUAAAAUAAAACUUUUUAGAGACAUACCGGGAAUCCUGCACUCGGAAGGAAAGUGCUUGGGAAAGGGCAGGGCAGACGUUACGGGGAGUGUGGGUUGUUACUGCUGGAUGCCGGGUUCCUAUGUAGAUUUCAAAGGGUGGGGCUGUGUCCCCAUCAGGCAGCCAUUUACAGAAGGCGGCAGUAGCAUUCCGGACCGAGUAUAAAGGGCCAUCGGGGACGGGGGUCGCUGAGGAGCCUUCGUGAGUGCAAGUGCAGGCUGUCGGCAGAGAGUUUGGACAAAACUCUGGGAGUGAUUUUGAUGACAAAGUAUUGAUAGUUUUUAUGAGUGAUGGGGGAAAGAAAAGUUGAUGACUGAUCUGUCGACUACCCAGACAUAAAGGCAGCGAAAUUCCCAGGAGACUGACUGGUAUUCACA